AUGGCCGCCGCAGUACCACAGCUGCGUAGAGAUCCCGAGGCGCCUCCAAUCGCGCCGCGGCUAAAAGAGCACCAGUUGAACGUCGAUGACCCUACCGUCCCAUUCCUUUCCCGUGAGGACCCCGCUGACGUCAUCUCGACCCCGUCCGACGUCGUCUCCUCACCUCCUGACGUCAUCCUAUCGCUUUCCAAAGACGAAGAACCUGUCGCAUUUUCGUCGCAGGCUCCGCCAGGCGACGAUCUACCGUCGCACGAGGAGGCUUCGCAAGGCGACAUCGCCGUGUCGCCGAGCGACGAUUACCUGUCGCCCGCGCUGCCGUCGUUUCAACAGGAGGCCUUCCCUGCUCUCCUUCCGCAUAGCUCUGCGCCCAUUCCCCCUCAUGUUCCGCCAUCCCUCGCUCCACCUUUCUCCCCACAUUCGUCGGGCUCGCAGCACGCGGAGCCCACCAUUCUUCCGCGGACCUCACCGCGCGCUGGACCUGCCUCCAUCUCCCCGCAAGCUUCCCCCUCCCCCUACGUUCCGCGCGGCUAUCUCCCGCUCUCCCCAAACGUCCCCGUGCCGUACGCACCGGCGUCCCCGGGAUCAGAAGGGUGGUGUGCCACGUCAUCAACGUCAUCCGUGCUUGUGGGUGGGGAGGAGGAGUGUUGUGAAGGAGAGGAGUGUGAGGGACAUGCAGAAGCAGAGGAGAUGCGAGAGGGGGGCAGCAAAGGUCGGGUGGAAGGGGAGAGUGAGGACGGAGAGUAUGGUGGUGAGGGGAGUGCUGAGGAGGAGGGGCAGCGAGAGGCGGUAGGGCAAGGAUGUAGGGGAGGAGAGAAGAAGGGGAGAGAGGGUAGGAGUGUUGCUGGCAGCAGCAGAAAGAGGAGGAGCAGUGGGAUGAGGGAGAGCAGAGGGAUGAGGGAGAUCAGAGGGUGCAGAGCAGAGGGGGCCGGUGCAGCAGAUGUAGGGAUCAAGCAAGAAGGAGAUGGCGUGGCUUCACAAGGGCAGAACGCUGCAGUGGCAGCAGCGCAAGCAGGACAAAUGAUGGGGUCGCAUGGUGUGGCUUCAGAAGUGCAGGAGGGUGCAGUAGCAGCAGCGCAAGCAGACGGAGUGAUGCGGUCUAAUGGUGUGGCUGCACAGGGGCCGGAGGGCGUGGGCGCAGAGGCAGCAGUGCAAGUAGGUGGAAUAGCGGAGUCUGAUGGUUGGGCUUCACAAUCGCAGGAGGGCGAGGGUGCAGUGACAGCAGUGCAAGCAGGGCGAGUGGCGGGGACUGGUGGUGUGGCGGCGCCAACUGGGGCAUGGGUGCCGCCUGUGUCUCCCUUCGGCCUCAUUCAGGAGCGUCUGUAUCGUGACCCGUGGAAACUGCUGGUUGCCUGCAUGCUGCUAAACAAGACGGCUGGCAGGCAGCUUCAUAAAGUGAUUUGGGACCUAUUCCGCCUCAUCCCCACUCCAGAGGCAGCGAUCGCAGCACCAACGGCUGAGAUCGCACGCACCAUUCAGUCCCUGGGGCUGCACAACAAGCGCGCCGCCAUGAUCCAACGGUUCUCGGAGGAGUUCCUGAGGGGUGAUUGGACGGACGUGAGGCAGCUACACGGCAUCGGCAAGUACGUGCUUGGGGGAGGGGGGGGUGAAGAAGUGAUUAUGGAGCAUGAGAUUUAUGCAGCGGACGCCCAUGCCAUAUUCUGUACGCAGCGGACGCGCAUGCCAUAUUCUGUGAGGGCAGGUGGAGGGAGGUGA